AUGUCAUUUGCUAGCUGGUUUGGUAGCUGGGGACAGUCGGAAAAAAAGGGAGAAUCGGCACAGAAUCAACAAGAAAAAAGAAACUCAACGGGGGGCCAACCAGAAAGGAAAGACUCAGCAGAGAAACGGACAAAUCUAGAAAGGAACGACUCGACGGGGAAGCGGCCAAGCAGAAGAGAUUCGACAGUGAAACGGACGCAAGUUGAUUAUGUGCCGAUAGAUAAGCCGAGCUAUCCGGAUGAAAAACUAUUCUUAGAGUAUAUGCACAACCCUGACGGACAGUGGAAUUUUAAGUAUCGAAAUUACUCUCUAUAUCAAAAUCAAGAUACAGGAGCAUACAGACUUUUUGACGAAAAAACCAAAGAAUUUGAUGGUGAAGAAUUCAUGUUCUUUGAUUUAGAACAAUUUAAAUAUUUUACGAUGAAUGAAUACAUAUUAAAGCAGAGAAGGAGAAGAUGGCAGAAUAGAGCAGAUAUGAAAAUUAAGGGAUAG